UGUGUGUGUGUCUCUGUGUGUGCGUGUGUGUGUGUGUGUCUCGAUGAUGUAAUUUUAUUGGAGUAAAGCGAUGGGGCUGGAUCACAUGGUCGAGGAGAGGAGGAGUGGACCCUCACCAUCCUCACUCCACAGCUGAAUCAAACGAUGCCUCCACAGGGUAUUGGGGAGUACAAACCCGUGUCAGGCUCCUUAGUGCCACCGGUACCGCCGCGCAGAUUCAGGAGUAAAAACGUGGCCAAAAGAAGCCGUUGUGGCUCUGCGCCGGAGCGCAGGGUGAAGUGCGUGCUGGUUGGAGACGGAGCGGUUGGUAAAACAAGUCUUAUCAUCAGUUACACCACCAACGGCUAUCCCACGGAGUAUGUUCCAACAGCUUUUGAUAACUUUUCAGCGGUGGUUGCAGUUGAUGGUAAGCCUGUGAAACUCCAGCUGUGUGACACUGCGGGCCAGGAUGAGUUUGAUAAGCUGCGACCUCUGUGCUACACCAAUGCUGAUGUUUUCCUGUUGUGCUUCAGUGUCGUUACACCAUCCUCGUUCCAGAAUGUCAGGGAGAAGUGGGUGCCUGAGAUCCGACGACACUGUCCACGUACCCCCAUCCUGCUAGUGGGCACACAGGCCGACCUCCGGCAAGACGUUAACAUACUUAUCCAGCUGGCCAAGUACAAAGAGCGUCCAGUGGAGCCACAAGAAGCAUGUACAUGUGCUGAGGAGGUGCGUGCCGUGUCAUAUAUGGAAUGCUCAGCACUUACCCAGAAGAACCUGAAGGAGGUGUUUGAUGCAGCGAUACUGGCCAGCAUUCAGAACACAGACAGCCAGCAGCAGAGGCUGAUGAAACGCACACCCAAAAAGAUGAAGACACUCUCUAAGUCCUGGUGGAGGAAAUACUGUUGUCUGACGUAGAGGGACAACUUGGAUACUUACUCUUGGAAAUUUAAGUAUGGACUGAAAGACAAAAUCAAUGAAUUUAGGGGUUGCGGGAGUAAUUUAAGAACAGAGAUUAAAAAUAUAUUGAAAUGUGAUAAGACAAUGUAGAAGAACAGAAUAAGUGAAAUGGAAAAAAAAAUCUACAAACCUUAACUACGCUUAUCCUUUAUUUACAGUGGAAAAUCAUGAAUAACGAGGGCAAACAGAAUCGAACAUUUGCUAUAGCAUAAUAAUGGAGAGCCACAAGCACUGAACUCUUAACAUCGUCAUUGGAGGUGCAGUUAAUUCAACAUUGUUGUAUUAUUAUUCAGCAGACCUCUCUAACACUAGAGAAAUGCAAGGUCCCUGAAGUUUCACUUUUUGAACAUCAGACUACUCAGCUUACACUGUGAAAUGACAAAGCCCACUUGGGUUUUCCCAGACAGAGGUCAUUAGUCCCAAUAGUUCAAUAUUUAUAUUCUGGUCUUCUUUUACAAUAUAAAUCCUACUUAACUGACCCAGACGAACAGCUUAUCUCAAGCUGGAGAAAAAUGAUUUCCAACCUGUCAAGCCCAGCUUCAGUCAAAGUUUACUAAAGUGUUAAAUCCCCAUCUGUCAAAAGCAAAUAGAUACACUGGAGCACUAUCAGUAGUUUGACAUUGGUUUCUUUUCAGCGAUCAGUACGGUUGAAGGACAUCCCAGUUUGAAAAACAGCUGAAAGAAAAAAGUUUUUGUUUGUUCUAUGACAAUCCAGAGCUUCCAUUCAAAACAUACCAUGAGGUCAAGGUCAGUAAGUGUGUAUUAAACUGUUAAAAUUUGUGUAUGUACUGCAUGUUCACUCAUGCCGGAAGUGCUUAAACUAGAGAAAUGUGUUUGCUUUUUAUACGUCACUGGCUGUUUCUCUCUUAGGAUAAGGUGUAGAAACACGGUUUGUGUUUAAUACAGGAGUUUCCCCUGAAAUUACAGAUCACAGAGCUAGAGAUUCAAAAAGCCUUUGAUAAAGCUGAUAAAUUUUAAAGUAUAUACAGUUUGUUUUAUUUACAAUUACUGUAUUGUUUUUUUAUUUCCAUAAAAUAUGACCAGUGCAUUAAAAAUUUCAUAUAGCAGUCUUGCAACCAUGAAA